CUGCGCUCCGAAACGCAUCGUUUCUAGUUAAUUUUCGAAUUCAGACAAAAAAAAAAUCGGUAAAAAAUAUGAAUAAGUUUUUGGCUAUUGUGAGCUUCAUUUCAGUGCUAAGCGGAGCCUUAGCUCAAUUUCCAAAUGGUCGUUUCUUAGAACCGCCAGUAGCUGCAUUGUGCGCUCAACGUGUCAUCCAUGAACGCGCUCCCGAUAACAAAGGAUACUUUUUCUCGUGGCGUGACCCAGCAUUGAAAGGUGUUGAAGAAGAUUGGUUGGGUGCCCGUAAUUACUGUCGUCAACGUUGUAUGGACUCAGUAUCGCUUGAAACCAGCAACGAAAAUGAAUGGAUCAAACGUCGUCUUGUCGAUGAUAAGGUAAAAUACAUCUGGACUAGCGGUCGUAUGUGUGACUUCAAGGGAUGUGAUCGUCCAGAUUUGCAACCGGUUCAAACCAACGGAUGGUUCUGGACGGCUGAAUCGCAAAAAAUCGCCCCAACCACCGACCGUUCCCAAGGUGACUGGUCUGAAAAUGGUGGUAUUGGCUUGCCACAACCAGACGAUCGUGAAUACAAACAAGGUGGUGCCCAUGAAAAUUGUUUGGCCGUUUUGAAUCAAUUCUACAAUGAUGGUGUCAACUGGCACGAUGUUGCCUGCCAUCACAAAAAACCAUUUGUUUGCGAAGAAAAUGACGCACUUCUCAAAUACGUGCGUUACACAAACCCAAAUCUCCGAAUCUAAACACUUUCAGCAAAUGCGUUUACAAUAGAACACAAUACAAAAUGACUUUUACUUUUAAUAUUGAUCUGUAAAGAAAAUUGUUCUUCUUUUAUUCAUGUAAGAUGAUACCAAAUAAAAAGAUGAAAUUAUUAAUUCAAAGUCGGUUCAAACG